AUGGAGCAGCCAGAGCUGCCAGUCUGCAAGGAGCUGUCAGUCUGCAAGAAGCCGCCAGAGCUGUCAGUCUACAAAGACCCUUUACAGAUUGGGCAAUAUCCGCCAGUCAGCCGGGAUCUGCCGGAGCCGCCGGCCAGCCAGGAUCUGCCGGAUCCAACUUCCUGCCUGGGCUUCCUCUCGGUGCUGAGCUUCCUCUCAGUACUCCGCUUCCUCUCAGUGCUGGGCUUCAUCUCAACGGGAGACUCUGACAGCGCUGGGCAGGAGGAAGGCUCUGGCAGUGCUGGACAGGUGGGAGACUCCAGCAGUGCCGGACAGUCGGGAGACUCCAGCAGUGCCAGACAGGCGGGAGACCCCGUCAGCGCCAGACAGGUGGGAGGCUCCGGCAGCGCCGGACAGGCGGGAGACUCCGGCAGCUCCGGAGUGAAGGAUGGCUCUGGACAGACAGGAGACUCUGGCGGCUCAGGACAGACGGGAGACUCUGGUGGCUCAGGACAGAUAGGAGACUCUGAAAGCGCUGGGCAGGAGGAAGGCUCUGGCAGUGCUGGUCAGGCGGUAGCAUCUGUAGGGGGAAGACGGAGAGACAGCCUGGUGUGGGGGGCUGCCACCGGAGGGCUGGUGCGUGGAGAUGGCACUGGAUAG